AUGCACCACGCCGGCUUCGAGGUGGUCAUGUUUGAAAAAGUCCGCGAGUUCCAACGACUCGGCGACUCGUUGGGCCUGGGCGAGAAUGCGUUCAAAUUGUUGGACCGGUGGUCGCCCUUUUUGCGCGACCGGCUGAUCGAGAUCGGGAACAAAUCCGAGAUGAUGCAGAUCCGGCGCUGGCACGACGGCAAGCUGCUCGCUCAGCAGCCCUUGAUGGACAUGGCCGGGUAUAUUGGCCACAGGGGCGAUUAUCACCGGGGGUUUUUGCAGGCCGUGGCGGAGAAGGGGAUCCCUUUGCACAUGGGCGCCGAGGUGGUCGACUACGACGACACGGUCCCCUCGGUCACGCUCAAGGACGGGACGCGACAUACCGCGGAUGUGGUUGUUGCUGUCGACGGCAUCAAAUCCCGCGCCCGCGAACUGGUGCUGGGGUUCGACGACCAGCCCAAAUCAUCCGGCUACGCGUGCUUCCGGGCCUUCUUCGACGGGGCCAAACUGCAGGGCAACCCGGUCACGGAGGAGUUUGUGGCGCGCGAGUGCGUCAACAUCUGGAUCGGCAAGGACAUGCACUGCGUGCAAAACACGCUGCGCGGCGGCCGCGAGUUCAACUGGAUCAUCACGCACAAGGACACGGCCGACGUGCGCGAGUCGUGGUCGCAGCCGGGGGACAUGGACGAGGUGCGCCGCCUGGUCGAGACGCUGGACCCGCGCAUCGCCACCGCCAUCCGCAUGACCGACGAGUGUCUGGAUUGGAAGAUCUGUUACCGCGACCCCAUCCCCACCUGGGUCAGCAAGAACCACAAGGUCGUGCUGGUGGGCGAUUGUUGUCACCCGCAUUUGCCCACCAGUGCCCAGGGCGCCAGCCAGGCCACCGAGAGUGCCGCCGUUUUGGCCCAGUGUUUGCUGUUGGCGGGGAGGGAGAAUGUGCCUUUGGCGACAAGAGUAUACGAAAAGAUCCGAUUCCCGCGCGUCCGUCGAGCGCAGACCAACGGCGAAGAUCUCCGAGAUAGAUGGCACAGCGCGCUGGACAGGAUAGGCGAGGGCGGCGAGAUCGACCCGGCGAGUCUGCUGAUCAAGAACGCCGUGCUGUACGACUAUGACGCCGAGGCCGACACGAGGAAGCGGUGGCCUGAGAUGUCGGCGCUGGUGAGCGAGGAGUUGAGGACCGGGAACAUCACGCCGUUGUGUUGA